AUGUCGCCGCCGCGCCCCAUCCUCAAACGCUCGCCCGCCACCGCCCCGCUCGAGUCCCCCACAAAAGCGCGCCGCGCCCGCGAGCAGGGCGUGCGCUUCCCGCCGUCGCCGAAGCUCACGCGGAUGCACACGACGCACUCGCCGUCGUCGUACGACCGCUCGCCCAUCGUCGUCACCCCCAACGCGUGCGCGCUCCCCGCGCGCGGGUGCCCCGGCAAGACGUACGUCCUCGGCGACGCGCCCGCCGCGCAGAGGACGGGCAGCCACCCGCACCCGCGCGCCGUGCAGGCGAAUACGGGCGUGGGCCUGGGCAUACAGCUGCGCGGGAGGGAGAGGGAAAGGGAGAGGACCGGCGAUCGCGAUAGCGAUCCCGAGCGCACGCCCACCCUUGCGCCCAGCCAUCCACCGCCAUCGGCCGCUUACCUCCCCAUCCCAGCGCUGAUACCCGAUCUCUCCUCCGAAUCCGACGAGUCCGAUGGCUUCAGCAGUCCGCCGCCGCUGCAGGCGUCCUUCGCCUCAUCCACUUCUUCCUCAUCCUCCUCCUCGUCCGCCCAGAUACCCAUACCUAUACCAAACAUCAAACAACAAGGAAGGCAAUCAUCAUAUUUAUCUUUUAACGACCACACCAGCAUGAACGACCACAUGACCUUGACUACCCCCACCGCUACCCCGACCAGCACGCUCCCCCCGUCCCUAUCGCGCGACGAAGACAAGGCGCGGCGGAAACGGCAGAGCCGCAGCAAGCGCGACCGCGACGUGCGCGAGCGCCUGUCGCAGCUCGAGAUCGGGUGGGAAUCCGGGCACGGCGUGGGCCACGAGGACGGCCAGGCGGACGACGACGACGAGGGCGAGGAGCAGUACACGCCGCCCGCGUACCGCCCGUUCUCGAGCCGCAUGGCGAUGACGAGCUGCCACCUUGCUGAGAGCGACGAGGGGUGUCUGGCUGGGUUUUGAGCUGCGUUCGGCGCCUGAGAUCACGACGAGUCCAUUUUUUACUUAUUUAUGGGUGUUAUUAUUGUGGAGGGAGGGGGGGAGCGCCAGUGUGCAGGACUGUUCCAUUUUGCAUCGCAUUGUAUAUUGAGAACGAGAAGGAAGAGAAGUACCGAAAGCAAUUCAAUGUGUUUUUAUCCCGC